AUGGAACAGAAGAUUCCUUGGUUGUUACUGAUACUGUGGAUUUGUACUCUGAGACCGAUAGAGAGUGCAUCCCAAGGUUGCUACCAGGACCUCCCCCAUGCCCGUUUCCUGGCCUCAAACCCUGGUAACUAUGAACCAGACACCAUCACCCCUACAGAAUGUGGGAACAAAUGUGGAGAGAUUGGGUGUGCCUACUCUGGACUCACUGGGGGCAAAGUGUGCUUGUGUGGAGAUUUGAUGCCCCCAACUGCUGCUCACAGCUCAAUGUGUACAGAGCCUUGUGCUGGGGAUGCAGGAUUAUGUGUGGAUCAAAAACAACACAAGACUAUACCAAUGUGUAUUCAACACCUGAAAAAUUGACAGGCUUCAGUAUC